UGUACGUUUUGAAUUCGGCAAGUAUGCCUGAACCGGCGAAGUCCGCUCUUGCCCCGAAGAAGGGAUCCAAGAAGGCGGUGACCAAAGCCCAGAAGAAAGAUGGCAAGAAGCGCAAGCGCAGCCGCAAGGAGAGCUAUUCUGUGUACGUGUACAAGGUGCUGAAGCAGGUCCAUCCGGACACCGGCAUUUCGUCCAAGGCCAUGGGCAUCAUGAAUUCGUUUGUCAACGAUAUCUUUGAGCGCAUUGCUGGCGAGGCGUCGCGCCUGGCUCAUUAUAACAAGCGUUCGACCAUCACGUCCAGGGAGAUCCAGACGGCCGUGCGCCUGUUGCUGCCUGGGGAGCUGGCCAAGCACGCCGUGUCUGAGGGCACCAAGGCUGUCACCAAGUACACCAGCUCUAAGUAAAUGUUUAUAG